AAAUCUUCGUUCGACUACUCUUCAAAAUCGUCAUGAUCGUUUAGAAAAACAAAUUCGUCGUAUGCUUAUUCCUCAACUUAUUAUUUUAGCUAUAUUUGGAAUACCAUUUGGUAUUGAUUGUAUUUAUCAAGAUAUAACUAGUAAAGUACAGAAAGAUGUUCUUCGAAAAGCUAUUGAACGUUUAUUUGCUCAAAUUACUCGUCUAGUUUAUCAUGUUAUUUUUACAGAAAUAAUUGCAAGACAAGAUAAUAUCAACAAUAUUCUUCAAGCAGGAUAA